AUGCCAUCCCCUCAACCCGAUCGCAAACGAGCACGCGUCGACGAGGAGGACCCAGCGGAAGCACUCGUGAACCAUCCGACCCUGUACUUCGACGACGGGAACAUCAUCAUAAGUUCUGGCAGCACGCUUUUCUGCGUUCACCGGUCACUGCUAUCCAAACAUUCGCCUGUGUUCAAGGAUCUCUUCGAACCCAAGGAGGACAAGAAGCAGGCGUUCCUGCGGGGAUGCUUGCACAUCCACGUCGAAGACGACAGGGAAGAGAUGGAGGCGCUGCUGAACAUUAUCUACGAUGGCUUUCGCAUCGAUUUCCCGCACCUGACGGUCGAGACCUAUCCCGCGCUCGCCACUCUUCUCUGCAUGACGACCAAAUACCAGCUCGCGCGCACGCGUACGGAGAUCAUCGAGCGCAUACGGAGAGAAUGGCCGGACACGCUCACGAGCCAUGACACGAAGAUGGACGAACGGAGGCAGUUGCACCCGCACCCGUCGCCGUUCCUCGUGAUGGACGGCAAAGUCGAGCUCAACCCACUGUACAACCCGACUGCCGCGCAACACGAGGAGCUCGUGCACCCCGCAAGCGUGAUCGCCCUACUCCGCCAGACCGACUGUGCAACGCCACAGAUCUUCGCGCCAAUCUUCUACGAGCUCAGCCGCUGCAGCUGGACAUUCGGUGGGCCCGCGGUCGGGCACAACAUUGCCCCUCUCUCUCAUGCGGACGUUGAACGCCUCAUCGUGGGCAUCGAGCGUCUGCGAACAUUGCACAUGUUCUAUGCAGCCAAAUGCCCCCUCUUCACUGUGACCCCGGGGCACGAGGGUUGCCUACAGGGUCUCCAGCACUGCUGGAGCGAUAUCGCGAGCGUAUUCGCGAGGAAGACGGGACCGCGAGAGCCGGUGGAGGAUUGGAAGGAGUUAACGAAGCUGGCUUGCAGUUACGGGCAACUUGCAGUUUCAUACCAGAUCUGUGCGCACUGUUGGAAGUCCCUAACGCUUGAGACGGACGCAAUCAGAUCGGCUUUGUGGAGUCAGCUUACGACGUCCUUCCAGCUCACGCCUUGA